AUGGCUCCGCAAUUCAAGAAGCUGACGGACUGUCCGGAAAACCUCCGGGAGUCCAUCGACUGGUUGAUCCAGGUUAAGCAUGGGAAUGGUGAACAUGGUCUUAAGAGCUUGGCUGAAGCUUUGCAAAAGUUGAUUGGUGAGGCUAUUAAGGAUGCUAGGGAGAGUCUUAAUGAGAGGCAAGAUAAACUUUCUUGCUCUAAAUCUUCUGGUUAUCCUCAUUGUCAGUCUCUUGAUGCUCAGAUUGACCAGGCUAAAGAAUCAUUAAAAUCUGAAAAAUCUAACGGAAAAUCUAAAAAUGAAUCUCAGUUAGUUAAACUUGAAAAUGAUCUCAAUAAGCUUAAAUCUGAGAAAGAAAAACAUUAUAAUGAUGUCCAUUAUCUUACUGAGGAUGCUAGGGAGAAAGCUUUGAAGGAUGUAACUGAGCGGCAGGCGUCUCUUAAUACGCUUAAAGAAAGCCUUAACAAAUUCACCGACAAAAAUAGUUGUGAAACUCUUUUAACCAAUCUCACUGAAGGUUUAGAAAAGUUUCUAGGUUUCAACUCUGAUUCCAAAGGCUACGACGGCUCCGGCAUCGUGUACGCCGACCUCGACAGGCUCUGUGAUGGGGUGAUGGCGUUCUUGCACGGGGUGUUGGAGAGUGUUAAGGAGGAUGAUGCUGUGACAAAGUAUGAUGGUUAUAUUGUUCCGGAGAAUCAAAGACUAGAUCAACUUCUUAAGACUCUUAAAUCUUCCAUAGGUCAGGGGUCUGAUGCAUUUGGAAAGCAAGUUACUGCGGUGGGUGAUUGGCUUGGGAGUUAUGAAAAUAAAUAUUGGAGCAUGACGUAUAACGUCACAAACGAGUUGAAUGAGGUUUCUAAAAACAUUUACAGCGUUCACAAAAGUAAUGUAGAUCGCAUAAAGGGCAACACCCUUGUGAAACAGUUGGAGGCAUGGAACAGUACGAUUGACAAUAUAUCAAGUGAGAUUGGUGAUGCCGGAAAAAGCAUUGCCAAAUUAGACCCCGUGCUUAGAGAUAAGUUGCGAAAUGAGAUUAAGCCAAUAAACAAAGUUCUUGAGCACCUGAAAAAAGUCAGUGCCGAUGUCAUUUUUAGGGGGCAGGUACUCAAGGUGGAUGAAACCCUGGUGAAUCAAAAAUCGAUAAUGCUGAAUAAGAUAAAUGAAGACAGCGAACGUUUGCAGAAGAAAUUGGAUAAGGAGUUUACAUGCAUUGGAAAGAAACUUAAUGAAUUGAAUCUUAACAAAGAAGAUCAAUUUGGGCGCAUCAAAAGCGCAAUUCGAUUUAUCAAAAAUCAUAUGGAGGAUUUCGAAGGUUCAUAUGAAAGCAAAAUUACACAAAAGUUCUAUGACAUACAAUUCGAUGUUAGCGCAGUUUAUGACGCCUUACAACACAAGAAAAACGGACUUGAAUUACUUGUACAGCAGGCUGAGGGACAUUUUAAGGAGAUUAAAAAUAAGGUUGGAAAUGAAAGCGCACUGCCAGGAUUUUUAUAUGGCGAUUGGGAGUUGCUUAAGAUUAAGAUGCGGGGGCUUGUUGGAGACCUUAAUGGUACGAGUGCUGGUGAUUUAUUAGCAGGCGGUGUUCUAAAAGUUGGUGUAUUUGACAAAAUUGAGGGAGGGAUUAAGGAGUAUGCCGCGAAGUUCAAAGAAGCGGGGAAGGAUGACAAUUCUGGUUUCAAAGGUGUAUUAGUGGACUGGUUAACGCAUAUUCUAAUGAGUAAGCCGGUAAUGGAAAAGCUUGGGGAGUAUGUUGCAAGCAAGAAAGAUGCAAAUGUGGAAGCUAUUAUAGAGGGUGGAGCGGGUAAACUUCCGGACGUUGCAAAACAAAUAGUUGGUGCGCUUGAUCCCGAGAUCACUAUAGCCGUUGGAAAGUUUCAAUCAACGAUACAAUUAUCCCAACCCGAAAGCACGGAGAUCGAAAAGCAUGUGGAUGCUGUGCAGCAGGUUUGCGAGAAGUUCGCCGAGGAGAUACAAAAAAAACUUGAGAGCCUGGUGAGUAAAAUUUUCAGGGCUAUUAAGGAUGCUCCGCAGUGGAAAAUUUCUCCUUCGUCUGGCAAAAAACAACUCGACCUCAUGAGCGCCGUGCGCUUAGCCCUCCACCAGCUCAUUGGUGCAUCUAGACAAGCUGGUAAUGAAGUUUUGUCAUUCAGCGGUGAAGACGAUGGAGACGGUCGCAAUGGAUACAAGCUUGGCGCCAAAUUGAAGCAGACUAGAGCGAAGGUCGGAGAAAUCAGCCAAGAGUUUAAUGAGGCACAAGGGGUGCCUCUUUCCUCUGAUGUUAUUGGCCCUAAGAUCACUGCAGCAUUGGCUGAAGUGAAGAGCAAACUUACAAAGCUUUACAAAUUCUUAGUUGACACAACCGGUGAGGAGUCAAUCUUCAAGAAACUUAAAGAUAUUCAGGAAAAAACUAUUGCGGACCUUGGAAAGAUUAGCAAAGAUAACGGUGGUACCAUAGAUACCAAGAGAAAAGAAGCAGAGAAGAAAAUGGAGAGCCUUAAGGACGAACUCAAUGGAUGUAUUGAAGACAUCGAAAGGAACGUUGAAGCAUCCGAAGAGGAACUGUCCAAAAAUAUAGAGGAACUGCAGACAACAUUGCGUGCUUCGUAUAUGGCUGCCAGCGACGCCGUAGACAAUCUCAAAACUACCCUCCGAGAAAGAACAGAGAGUGCCUUCUCGACAGUUACCACUGAUAUACAAGUAUGCUUCGCAAGAGGCCACCAAGCAGAUCUAGUGGCGCUUGGUGAAUUGGUCAUCGUUAAGCAGAAAACCAUCGACGACAUAAUUCGCAAGGACAAAAGUCAAGGGGUGAAAGGCCUGUUAAAAUGGAUGUAUAACAAGGAAGGAAAGGAACUUGAAGGUCUUAAAACUGAUGUAAGUCAACCAACCAAAUCGGAGGAUCUGUCAAAAGCGUUCAGACAGCUUUCCUCCAAAUUCAAACUCUACGUAGAUGUAAUUUUGCAGUAUAUCGAACAUCAAGUGUCCUCUCCGGAUAAGUCUUCGAUGAAAGAAGGCGAAGCGUCAAAAGUCCACGACAUGCAUCUUAACCUAUCACAUUUGAUAGAACAUCUUAUGCAUAAUUACAAGCCGCAUCCACAAAAUAAUACCGGUAAACGAAUUUAUACAUUUGAUUAUGACUUUAUUAUAUUGCGUGAAAAACUUCAACAAAAAAUUAACGCCCUCUCCCCCUCAACGUUCCACGGCUUCCACAACCCGCUGCUCCUCGACGCCCUCAGGUCCGGCAUGGACAAAUUCACCGCUGAACUCUCCCAUGCGUACGUUAAUAAAUACUCCGGGUGUAAUCCUGUUGUAGAAUGGGAGGAUUCAAAAUCCUCCGACAAGUUAACCACCGAGGGCCGGAACUGCGCCAAGGUCUGCCUGACCAUACUGGAAACAUUGUUUUAUGACUUUGAAUCUUUAAGUAAAUUGUUCCCCUCAAAAGGCGCCGAUAACAUUAAUUCAGGUAAUAACAUUGGCAACUUUUUUUCUGACCGUGGCUACAAGGUGGCCACUAAGGCUGGCGUCCAAGACGGGGAGUUAGACAAUUCUGCAAAGACUGGCGGAACGAAAAUUAAUGAGCUGCGUGAUAGUGUGAUAAUCGACGCAAGCGGUAAAACAGUACUUGGUAAACAACGAACUGAAGGCCUUAAGCUCCACGGAUUCAUCAACGAAAUAUGCAGAGAUCUUGUUUCGUACUACCGUGUCUGCCAGUACUAUAUUCCUUCGAAACCAAGGGCGCCCAGCACUGUCAACGAAAUGCUUCACUGGCUUGCUGGGCUCUACUAUACACCGAUGUAUGAUAAAUUAGGAACACGUUUGGCGGAGUUUUUCGAAAAAUCAGAAGAAAACAACAAGACAGAUAGAAAGCCCAUAGAAGCCGCCGUGCCUGCAAGGAGAAGCGGUAGGAUGCUUCGGGAUCUUACCUUUAAAGAAUUGUCAAACCUAUUCAACAAUAUAACAAUUCGCCCAUAUCACAUAUUAGUCGCCGUCCUCGGCAACGGUCACGCAGGUGGCCGAUAUGCCUGUGACUUCCUAACAAACCCAGAUGAUUUGUUUUAUCCAAGUGAUGCAGAUCAAUGUUUAGAUAUGCUCGUAGAAAUAUGUCUUAGACUGAAUGAACAAAUCGUUUUCGUAUUUAAGCAGUGCCACAAUGGCGCUGAGAGAGGUGGUUGGCGUGAAUGCCGUUACGGUAGAGACGUCGGCGGCUCCAGUUGGCGGUGCAAUACUAUGCAAUGUGCCAACCUAGAUUGUAAGCUAAGUGGUAACCAAAGCGCUACCCAAAAUGCCAACCAAACGUGUGACCAGCAUCCUAAGUGUGGCUUCAAAUCUCCGCUCCAAUCCUUCCUUGAGGAUGGGUUGCAAGGGUUCUUGCCGCACCAGUUUACCUCACCCGGUUGUAAGCUGGAAUGUUCAGUUGCCAAUCACAGAGGCAUCCCGUGCAAGACCCCGAUGGGAUUUAAAGACAUUAGUCAAACGGCUUCACGAACUGGCACUGGCCAAUGUAUUAAGGAUGUGCUUGAUCCGUUCUGUGGUACAAGAGAGUGCUCACUGAGCCUAAUUUGUUCCUAUUUCGUAUACCUGUUGCGCCGACCACCUCAGACGCUGGGAGACAUGUUUGCGUUCUACUACAAUAUCCUUGACCACUGGUGUGAUGACCAUUCUAAACAAAAAGAGCACAGGCGAAAGGCCUUCGAUGAUGCCGUUAAAAAAGCCAAUUUCUGGAAUGAUGAAACAAAAUUGGACAUCACGAAAAUCUUAGGUUCUAAAAUGCAUAGCUCGGACAACCACCCCAAAGGUGACAUGUUCAGCCUUCUAUCUUGUGAUCCCAAGGAUGCUCCGUCACUUCCAUGCGGGCAAUACUUACAAUCAAUGAGCGAUGACACCCGGCUGUUGUAUUCUAAAUAUUACGCUGAUAACUAUCUGUCAUGGAUUGUCUACAUUACUGAGACGUUCUAUGAUUUGCUUAAGAAAUUGUAUAUAGAGUGUUGCAGAAAGUGCAAUACGCAGGGAACGAGAUGUUAUGAUAAGACCUGCGUUGAGAGUUGUAACGUAAAAACCAUUUACGAAUCUAAUGAUAGCUCCAAGCAACUCACUGUUCAAAAGCACAGCGAAGACUGCAUCUCUAUUGUCCAAUGCUCCGAUAUGCAUCCAACACUCUACACAUACGGCUUCACCUUCGGAAGCCCUUAUAACAUAAGUGGAGAUAAUGGUCUUGACAACAAACGCUCAUGUCAAGAUUUCUGCCAGGCAUUGGAAAAAGUGUGUCACGGACGAUCGGUGCUUGCCGACUUGGUCAUUAACAAAAUUCCAGCAUUUUUAUGGGAGAUAAGAUAUAAAUGCUUCUACACCCUCGUAGCCCUCUGGUCCCUCUCUUUGCUCUACCUGCUGCACAUCGCCGUCGUCCGCCUCGACGUCCUCCGCAUCCGCUCCCACCUGAGAUCACCCUCAAGCCACAGGAUCGCCGCCCAGUCACUACUCGCAGCGGUCCGUAUUAACUCGCUUGGAAAGCUAAGAUACUUCUCACCGUGA